AUUAUCUGUUAGAUUCACUUUGACUUACAUUAGACUCUAUGCAUAUGCCAUUAUAAAUUAUGAUGCUCCCUUAAACAUAUAAGAAGUAUAAGAUUAUUUUGCCUUAUCGCAUUAAAAGGUGACAUCUUUAAUGAACUCUACUUGACAGUUACAGAUUACAUCACCAUAUUUUGUGAUAAACCGAGGUGCUCCACAUUUUAUAUGAUACCAAGUUCUCGGUUCAUUAGAUUGACAAACACAAUGAGAAGGGCAAGAAAUUUACAAAGGCAAACCUAUUCUAUUUUUAAGUUCUUCUUUUGGUUAACUUGAAACAGAC